AUGUCAAACAAUAAUGAACUGUCGAGCCUUUUUACAUUUUUAUCAAACGCAGUGAAAACUCUUGAAAUUCCUAAAGAAAGUCCUGUCACAUGCUCCGUCGAAGAUGCUCCUUUGGAAAAACUAGUGAUAACAAAUCCAGAGAUUAUUGGUAACAUUAAAAUGGAUUCGGGAGAAGAAUUUUUAUAUACACUCAAAAGUGUCGAAUAUAUUUGCCAAGAUUGUAACAAAUCAUUUUGCUCGGCAAAGCUACAUGCGGCCCAUACUCAGGAGUUUCAUGUUCACGUAGGGCCUCAUAAGUCCAUUGGAGCAAAAAAUAUCGAGGAAUUUUUCAAAAAUAUGGACCGUGUGAGUGCUCGAAUUCCAACUGAAGUUCAUAGCUCAAAGGUUACACCUGCGCGUGAAGAUGAUAAAAGUUUAUUGCGUCUUUCUGGAAAUAGAUCGAGAGUUACUAGAAGUACAAAACAUGGAAAUUCACCUAAAUCUAACAACCUGAUGUAUACUAAAGAAGAAGGUUAUUACGCUUGUCGAAUGUGUGAUUCGAAAUUUUGUGAUCGUGAGAAUAUUGUCAAACAUGUUCGUAAAAAGCAUUCACGAAUGUCAUUGGAGAACCACCAAUCGAACCUGCCCAGUUCAACGGAGCAAAAGCAAACAAUGAAUCAAAUUUUGAAGAUAAAAUCAGAUUGUAACAUUCAGAAAAAAAAUAAAUUUAAAUGUGACCUUUGUUCAUGUCAAUAUAAGCAUAAACGUCAUUUGACACAGCAUAAGUGCGACAAACAUGGUGAAAAGUCAAUUAAAGCUGAAAAUACAGAAGAGUUUACCUGUGAGCUUUGUUCAAAAAAUUAUAUACGCAAGGGUGAUUUAACGAGGCACAAAAACAUGUACCAUUCAGAUUAUUUAACUAAUGGAAAAUUUAAGUGCAACAUUUGUCAAGCUCAAUUUGAUUCUAGUCGUAGUGUGUUGAUACACAAACGCAAACAGCAUUCGAUAGAAUAUCUGCCUAUUGUUUUACUAAAGAAACUUCAAAUCUCUACAAUAAAUAACCCUACUUUUUUGUGUUCACCUGUCACAAAAUCAAAGUUACAAAAAAAUUCAGGGAAAAACAUUGACCGGGUUGAAAUUAAAGAUCAAAAUAAUAACCAAGGUCAAUUGGAUGAAUAUAAUUUUGAUAAAGAAGAUAUUAUUCCAACUUGUUUCAAUUCAGAAACUGAAUUUCGAAGACAUGAUAUAGAAGUUUUAUCAACACAUGAUCAUGAUUUAAAAAUUAAAUCCAACUAUUGUCAAAAUAAUGACAAUUGUGAAAAUUUUAGUGGGCAAGUUUUAGAGAGCGACAAUUGUUGUCCCGCCAAGACAAAACAAGUUCAAGUUGAAGUUUCUUCACCGGAAUUUUCCUCAGAAAAACAAGAAUUAUUUUCUGAUGAACAGAUUUUUGAAAAUGUUCCUCAGAUAACUUUUUUUUCUAACGUGGAGAAUGACGAACUACAGACAGAGGAAUCAGAGGUUGACGUUGAAGGCUUGAGUGAGUCUGACGAAGAAAGUACCAGCAGUAUUCGAACUGAAAAUUUUAAUAAAAGCUUAUACGACAAUGAAUUAAGAGUACUUGACCUAACAAGUGAUUCAUCAAUGUCUAAUGAUGAAUCAGAGAAAUAUCAGCCGCCUGAGAUUGCUAACACGAUUAAUGAAAAUAAUGAUGGUGGUAACACAAUUAAUGAACGUAAUGAUCGUAGUUACACGAUUGAUGAACAUAAUGAUCGUGAUAACACGAUUGAUGAACAUAAUGAUCUUGGUAACACGAUUGAUGAACAUAAUGAUCGUGGUUAUAUAUCCAAGUUUCUUAAGGAUCACAAUCAAGUCAAAAACCAGUUUAUUAGUAAAUAUAAAAGAAAGAAACAGCUCAAGAAAUGCCCCGAGUGUGAUUUUGUGACUAUGUGGAAUUUACGCCGUCAUAUGAUCCGACAUAGCACUGAUCGGCCUUAUAAAUGUUCUCAUUGCAACUAUUCUAGCAAAACUAAGUGUACGUUGAAAAUUCAUAUUCGCUCUCAUUCAGAUGAGAAAAAUUUUAAAUGCUCAGUAUGUCCAUAUCGCAGCAAAUUGCUAUCUAAUUUGCAGCGGCACAUUCGUAUACACACUGGCUUUCGUCCCUAUAAAUGCAGUCAAUGUUUCUACGCAAGUGCCUAUUUAGAGAAUUUAAAGCGUCAUAGAUUUACUCAUACUGGUAUUCGCCCCUUUAAAUGUUCAGUAUGUUCCUUUGGCAGUAUAACUUAUCAUGGUCUUCGGGUUCAUUCAAAAACUCAUAAUACUAUAAAAUCAUUCAAAUGUACUAAAUGCUUGUAUGCCACUACAACGAAAGACAAUUUGAUGCGGCAUUCUCGUAGGCAUUUAAGAGCAAAAUCUUACAAAUGUUCACAUUGCUUAUUUGCAACCAAAACUUUGAGAAUUUUCAAGCAACAUUUGUGUACACAUGAAGAAAAAGAUUCAACUGAUACGAAUAUAAACAAAUCAGAAAUACAAUUAAAGAGUUUAAAUAAUACAACAAAACAACUUUAUUCUUGUUACGAUUGUAAAAUGUCAUUUAAAAGAAAAGCAACAUUGGAAAAACACUGGAAGUUGCAUCAUUACUCCCAAAUUCAAAAAGAUAAUAAUUAUCAUUGCUCACUAUGA